AUGUUAUACAACAUCUGUUCACACCAAAAGGGUGUCGGCACAUCCCUGGAGCGUGCGGUAACACCAUCAGCCCCGUUCGCCAAAAUGACAGAUGUCACCCGCGAAAGAAACUGUCCGUGUGCGCGCGUUCGCCUUUCCGUCGUCAAAUUCCGUCGUGCUUGUGACUGUGUUGACAGUGCGUGUAGUCUAGAGACUCUAGACCAGAACAAUGCCGUCAAUAAGCGAGAUGAUGAACUCCGAAUAGCUAUAGAACGUGUGAUAACCACAUUCAAAAACAGCCUGUUCCAAGCGUUAUUAGACCUGCAAGAGUUCUAUGAGGAGACACUUCUCAAUGAACGCAAGUCUAUCUUCCAAAAGAUUGCCGAAUCGAAAGAUAUGGCGCGACGCUUGGAUGCGAAUCCACCAUUUGGAUCUACGUCUUCCACAAGAAUCGACCACGCUUACGUACCAACACAUACAACAGCCCCACUGGCUACAGUUGAGAACGGGCUUGGAAGCGGAAAUUCCUACUCGUCGAGUCAUGUGGUUCAUGAAAGAUUCCGCCAAAUUGUGAGUGGAGAUGGUCCAGCUACAAAUGAUGGCAGCUGGCAAACGAGCGAAACGACCACGCGCACAUUCGAUGGACCAGGUGGUGUACAAAAACAGUCCGUUACGCACAAUGGAGUCAUUGAUAGCAUGGGAAGAGCAUGGGAAAUUGAAGAUGUUGUACUUGAGAAGGGAACGACCGGAUUAGGUUUUUCCAUUACUGGAGGCACUGAUCAGCCAGCUGAGGAUGGUGACACCUCUAUUUAUGUCACAAAUAUAAUUAUGGGUGGUGCUGCAGCUGCUGAUGGAAGAAUGAAGAAAUUUGAUAAGAUUUUGAAAGUGAACAACACUGAUUGCGUAAAUGUGCCUCAUGAAGUUGCUGUGAAUGCUCUGAAGACGGCAGGGAAUGUUGUAAAAUUGACCUUGAAACGACGCCGCGAAGACAUGAGUCUCCCCAUCGAACGCGCACCCUUAGGGUCUGGUAGCCAUCUGAACAGAAGCGAUCUUACAUCGUCAAUGGGAGCCCUCAAUGUUUCUCGAGGAUAUGAAGGGCCAAAUCUAUCACCAAGUGUUCCGGCUUAUCCGCCACCACCUCCACCUGCUCAUAGUGGAUCGCAAACUCAUUUGCAUCAAGUCCAACAACUGCCUGUAGGAUUGAGCUCACGUGCAAGAAUGGCUCAAACCAUUGACCUUUACAAGGGUCAACGCGGACUUGGCUUCUCAAUUGCUGGUGGAGUUGGAAAUGAGCAUGUGCCUGGAGAUACAGACAUUUAUGUCACAAAAAUCAUAGAUGGAGGAGCUGCCUAUCAUGAUGGACGCUUAGGAGUUGGAGAUCGAAUUCUUGCGGUUGAUGAUGUUGUUUUGGAAAAUGUAACGCAUGAAUAUGCUGUCAAUGUGCUGAAACAAACCGGAACUAAAGUGUCAUUGUUAGUGCUCAAAGCAGAUCCGAAUGUUAGCGUUGGAACAGUUGAAGAAACAGGAAGUCGCCAAUUUGUCUCGACCACCCCUCAGUAUCCAGUUUCAGCACCCGUGCGAUCUAGCUCGAUGCAAGAUUUCAAUCGUUCAUUCGAUUCCCAGACGGCAUUAUCCUACGGAGGUCCGCAAGCGCCAGUCGGUGGGCCGGUCCAGGUGCCCAUAACGAUGGAUCCGAGACCUGUACCGCUUUAUCGGGGAAAUCAGGGCCUAGGCUUUAAUAUUGUUGGCGGUGAGGAUAAUGAGCCAAUCUACAUCAGCUACGUAUUGCCAGGCGGCGUUGCAGAUCUGAGUGGAAAUGUUAGAAAGGGAGAUGUUUUGUUGGAAGUAAAUGGACGUUCACUUCGCAAUGCAACCCAUUCGCAAGCCGCGGAAGCACUAAAGAAUGCUCAAAAUCCUGUGACCCUUACGUUACAGUAUAGACCACACGACUACCAACAAUUCGAAGCGAAAAUUGAACGAUUACGGAAUGAUAUGAUUCAGCAGAACACGGCUGGUGGGACUCUUCCACGCAAGGAUCUUUUCGUGAAAGCGCUCUUCGACUAUGAUCACACAAGAGAGGUCGGAGUACCGCAUCGAUCCAUAUCCUUCCAAUAUGGUGACAUAUUACACAUUAUGAAUACAUCUGAUGAUGAUUGGUGGACGGCGAAAAAGGUGCUUGAGAAUGGCGAGGAAACCCAAGAAGGUGUGAUUCCAUCGAAAAAACGUAUUGAAAAACGUGAAAGAGCUAGACGGAAGCAGGUGAAUUUCAACGCUGGCUCAAUGUCGCUUGGACGCAGCUCAGGAAUGGAUGGAAGACGUGGAAGCAAGAGUCAGCUUUCAUUUUCCCGAAAAUUCCCAUUCGUGAAGAGCACGGAGCGUUUGAAUGAGUUCACUGACCAAGAACUUGGAGUGACGGAAGAUCCGAUUUUCUCGUAUCAAGUUGUGGAACAACAACAAUUGAAUUAUGUACGCCCUGUAAUCAUCCUUGGAGCACUAAAAGACCGCGUCAAUGACGAACUUGUUACCAGAAAUCCAGAUCGCUUCAGCAGCUGUGUUCCUCACACUUCCCGACCGCCACGUGAGCAUGAAGUAGAUGGCAGAGACUAUCACUUUGUCAGCAAAGCUCAAAUGGAACACGACGUUAAGAACAACCUCUUCAUCGAAGCUGGUCAGUUCCAAAACAACCUGUAUGGAACCAGUAUCGAUAGCGUCAGAAUGGUUGCUCAGCAGGGCCGUCAUUGCAUCCUGGAUGUAAGCGGAAAUGCAAUCCGACGUCUGCAGUCAGUUGCUAAUAUCUAUCCGAUUGCGAUAUUCAUCAAGCCAACCAGUCAGCAUCAUAUAAUGCAAUUGGAUCAUUCACUGAACGAGGACGAGGCCAUGCAACAAUUUCAACGAUGUCAGCGAUUAGAGCAAACGUUUGGAGAUUUAUUCACACAUGUCGUCUCGCAUGCGCAAUCCGCUGAAGAAGUCAUCAGUCGCGUGCAGCACCUCAUCGCUGCCGAGGGACGACCGUACGUUUGGGUGCCAAAUAACAAUAGGCAGAUUUAAUUUUAGCAAAACAGAAUUUGUUCAAUUCUUUGGACCACAGUAUAGUUACCCUAUAUCUCGCGCUUCCUACCACUGUCAUUUUUCAUGCAUUUUCUCUCUGUUUUUCUAUCAGAAGCCUCUUCGUAUAUGGUUCGGACUGAGUAUCAUUCGUUUUGUUUUGUGUCCGUCUUUCGACGCUGGUGCGUCUGUGUCUCAUCCGUAAAUGAUGUCGAACCAUUCGUCGACGCUUUUUUCUCCUAUAUUUACACUGAUUUUCUUUGCAAUGCCCCUCUAUCAAACUCCUCUUCCAUUGUUUUCUUCCUUAGACCGAGUAUAUUUCACUUACGUCGGCUCACUGCUUAUGUAGCGAUUAUUUGUGAUUUAUUCACUGUUUAUCUGUGAUUAUCAUUAUGUUUAUUAUUGUAUCGUUGAAUGUAUCGAGAAGUUCUAUACAAAUCAAUCAGCGCACACAUAUUUGAGCC